AUGACUUCUAUAGACUGGAGUGCCGUUCAGGAUGUCUGCUUCAGCAAUGGCGGCGUUAUCCUCGGUAUUGCCUUCUGUGCUGUACUUUUGGGCAUCUGGAUUCACAGAAAUAUUCCUGACUUUCCUAAAGCUCCUAACGAUCUGGAUAUCACAACCGAUCUCUCGCUCGCCACCCGCUGGAUUCAGAGCAAGAAAUGGCUUCUCAGAGGGCGGGCUAUGUUGAUUGAUGCACAUGUGCCUGGGAAGACGUAUAUGCUCCCAACGCCAAAGAAUUACUGUGUGUUCAUUUCCGCCGAAAAUAACAUCAAAGAAUUUGCCUCGUCGUCAAACUUCUCCCUACACCAAGCUUAUGAUGAUCUCUUCUCGUAUAGAUACAACAAACUCUGGCACGACGAGGGCGAGUCCGUACACAUGACCCAAAUCUACUACUUUCGAGUCUUGCGGGAGGGCUUGACAACGAAGUUACCAGUAUUGUACCCUUAUAUGCAUGAAACACUAGUCAAGGGAGUUGCCGAUCAUCUUGCACGCAAGAAAGCGGUAGACGUCAAUCGCCAAGGGUGGAAACAAAUUCAUCACUACCCGUUCCUAGAGUAUAUCACAGUCUCGGUGAUUGGCCCCAUAUUCUGGGGCGAGUCGCUGUGGGCUAAUCCAGAAUUCCAAGAUGCUGCACGCAGAUUUCCUGCACAAUAUUUCGCCUUUGGAGAAAUUGUGCAGCAUGUACCGACUUUUGCAGUGCCACUUGUAAAAUUCGCCGUCACGAAGGGCAACAAAUAUCGCAACAUUCUGAUUAAACACUUGCUACCUAUUGUUAGCGAGCAGAUGGCUGAGGCAAGAAACACGCCUAAGAGUGAAGAGAAUCUCCCAUUUAUCAACUUUAUCCAAUACACGGUACUUAUGACCCAGGGCAAACCGUACUGGACCCAGGAAAGGAUAAUACUCCUGCUGGAAAGUCUUUGGCGGGCUGGUGGUCACUCGGUUCCUAUGACGCUUACACAUAUCAUGAACUCUUUGUGCCAAUACCCGGAGUAUAUGGAGCCCAUACGGGAAGAACUUGACCAGCAGCCGCAGAUGAAUUUCAGCGUUCUCGAGAGCCUUCCGUUAUUGAAUAGCUUCAUAAAGGAAGUCAUCCGAACAAAGCCAUUGGACAGCGCCUCGACCCGCCGCAAAGCUCUCAAGACACACACAUUCAAAGAUGGACCGCACGUUCCUGCGGGAAAUCUGGUGUGCAUUCCGUCCUACGGCAUCAUGAAUGACGCCGCCCUUUACCCAAAUCCGGAAGUUUUCAACGGCUUCCGCUUUACAACCCGGCCAACUUCCGAUAACCAAGAAAGUAUCAAGGGGAAACAAGGGGAAACAACAAGGAGCAAAGUCACGGAUGUGGAUCUAAGCUUCCCAUUUUGGGGUUAUGGAAAAGAGGCAUGUCCCGGUCGUUUCUUUGCAUCGUUCGAGAUGAAAUCGGUGAUAGCCCUUUUGGUUAGCCGAUACGAUUUCAAGCUGGCGAAUGCAGACAAGCCUACAACCUGGCUAUGGCGUACAUUUACAUUGCCCCGUAAGGAUACUGUGCUCUUAAUACGUGAACGUUCUGAACAUUAG